GCUUGCCAUCCGUUCCUGCUUUGAUGUACCGGGACGACAUCGUUGGGAUGAUGCUGAAGGAGGCACAGGACCCAGGCUGCUGAGCAAGCUGCUGGGCUCACCGAACGUCUCCGCCAUGGUUCAUGUGUUGUCAUGCAAAGAUUUUCAGCGAGGCAUCCAGGCAGAUGCUGCUCACGAGCACUGCGGACACAUAUCAGAUGGCAGAGGACAGCGUGGCAUACAUUGGAGCACGACUUCACACACGGCUUUUGUCGGUGCUGCUCUUCGUGCAGAUGCUUUCUACUUCAUGCAUCCAGAACUGAAGGGCCGGCCCCUGUUCAGGAAGGCCGUGCAUGAGGUAGCUGCUGAAAGCGCUCGUGUGCCAUGUGCACGGCGAAGUGCCAGUCAGGUGUCUGAGCUCCUGGCUGCCUGUGUACGAGGGGCUGGAUUGGACAUGGCUGAGCUUGGGGGUCCAGGGGCACAAACCACUAGUGAGCCAUUUGAUCUUGCUGAGAAGCUUCUGCAAGAAGCGGUGGAGGUUCGCCCGGAGGCUUCUGAUUUGCGCUACCUUCUUGGCAGCGCUUUGCAUUCUUCUGGCCGCCGGUCGGAGGCAAUUGUCCAGUACUGCCUAGCCAUGCUGUAUGACGCUGAGAUGGCCCGCAUGAGCGAUGCAAAAGCCUUUGCGGAGCUAGGCAGAGUGGCUUAUGCUGCUGCGCCACCGUCGACCACAGCUGCCUCAGGUCCGCUUCUCGAGUUUUGA